UUUCAGACCUCUAACCCAUGACAAGUGAAAAAACAACAAAUCAAAACUACGGUGUGGAAAUGUAUGGAUUUCCAGAUUUCGUAAAUUUACAGCAUGUACCAACCAAGAAAGCUCACUACGAUGCUUGGAGCAGUACUACCGGUAGCAGCAGUGGCUGUAGCAGUAGCUGUAGUCCAGAUCAUCUCGAAGAACUUCAUGUGGAUAUUCCUAACUCAUCAACAGCAUCGGUCGCUUCAACAAGCACACCUUCACAUUCAUCGCCUGAAAAUGUUGCAAAUGCUCGUGGUCCAGUACCGACAUUUACGGAUUUGAAGCCUAUAUCACCAAAAGACAGUACUUCUACCUUAUCCAAUGCCCUGGCACAAGCAUCUGAAGUUCUGGCAAAUACUGGACCUGGAACAGAAAUGCCUACCACUUUUGUCUCAACUCCACCUCAACCUUACCAACCGGUGACUGCCCCAACCGGGGAUACUGUAGUGAUCCCACUUGCACCAAAGCCAAUCUAUCCGAAUGUUCCGGCAGCUGCGCAAAGUAGCAGCCAUCCAAGAAUCACGAAUGAUGCGCGAUUUUCGAGCUACGCCGAGUUCGAUGAAGCCUUUGAGGCGUGGAAACGUGAACGCCUUCACCCGUUCCGCGUCGCGUCGUCAGAAACUCUUCGCGAACCUGACGGCACCAUUAAUCACCGUUUCAAGUACCGCUACGUCGUCUUUCACUGUGCACACUAUGGCGAGCCCAGGAUGCGAGGAAUCGGGAAACGUCCUAAUCAACACUACCUUCCUUCCGGAUGUCGCGCUAUGCUUCGACUAAAUUACAGCUUUAGUGAGCAGCUACUGAAAAUCACUACUCUACACGAUGAACAUUACAACCAUGAAGUUUCUGCUGAAAUGUUCAAAAAAGUCUCCGCUAAACUGAAGAGAUCGUCUUGUGGAGCACCAUCUCCUGCACAUAAGCGAUCAAGAAUGGAUUCGCCGUCAGCUUCAUCUUCAGCUUCAACGCAAUCAACUGCUCCAUCGCCAAUGGCUAACUCACCAAUUACUACCAGCAUCACAACUUCUGGAGCUAAUGCGUUGGCUGCUCAGAUGUCUUUGACACAACCGAACGCCAUGGCUAAUGUAGCGAUCGCUUUGCAGCAGCAGCAGAUAAUGGCAUCCUUGCUGUGUCAACAAAAAGAGAAUAUAAAUCUGGCGGCUGGAUUUUCUAUGGGAAUGCCGAGGCCACAGCCGUCCAUGCUGAAUAUUUUGAGCAUGAUGGGUUUGCAGCAGCGUAUGUUACUACAGCAACAACCUGCUUACGGUCUUGUAGCUCCGUUGACACAGCAAAUUGGGACCCCUCCACAAGCGCAGUCAGUUGCGAGAUCAGAUGAGAAGCCGAAUAUUAGUGAAUCUAGCGGACAGAGCACAAUCAACAGUAUGCCGGCACCAGUAGCACUUAAACCGGUCACGACCUCAUCUGCCAACGCUGAAGUCUCUCCCGGCAGUUCACCACCUCAUCUCGUAGCCGAAGCACCAGUAGCAGCUGUAGAACCACCAGCUAGCGCUUCAGCAUCACCUGCUUCCACCUCGACGUUGUCGUUCGAAGAAUCGUUGGCUCGUUUUCGCACCAGCGCUCAAGACUCAGAAAUUAUGUCUCGUAUCGCUCAGUUGAACUCACUUUCAUCGUUCUGGGGUACCCCUACUAUGCCUGAGUUUAGGUGAUUGUCUAGUGUUGACCCCUUUCAAUCUAACAAAUAAUUCUUACGUGUAAGCCUGUACAUCCUUAUCAUAACUAUUAUUUCUAUUGAUCGACUUAUUAUUGAACUAUCACUUAUGGACCUCUUUUUAUCCACAAAUCUCAUCGAACACUCUUUUCUUAUUACUAAAAUGUUCACAUUCUUGUGUGUAUCAUAUCUAAGCUUUGUUGCUGAAACACGGAUUUUACUUGUACGGUUUCAUGAUAUUAUAUCUCAUCCUUGCUCCUUUUAGACGGGCAUGUACCGAAUAAUUUCCAGCUCAAUCAGUUUUUACAGUUUUCACUUUCAUGCAUAGGAUACGGGAAACGUUGUUUGUACGGCAAUGUAUUAAUAAACCUUGAUCUGC